CUUGCCACAACUAAAUUUGUCGACCACAACCACACUCACAGUUAAAAAACAUGAAUAUGGAUCAUAUCUUCAAGUUUACGUAGUUUUGAUAAACUAUGGCUAUUCCAUGAAGUUUAUUUGAAAAAUAAAUAUAGGGUUUGUUUGAAAUUUGGAUAAACAAUUUAUAUAAGUGCUUAUGGUAUUAGAGGUUAUCGCAGGAGAGCUUACUACACAAGAGCUUAUGCCAAGCUUACUACACAAGAGCUUAUGCCAAGAUAAAAUGUUUGCUAUUGAAUGUGCACAUUGACAAAUACUUGUACAAAAACAAGUGUUUGGAUGUACGGUAAUCUAAACGCUUAAGUAGGGAUGGGCAAAAAAACCAAAUAUUGAACUGAUUUAUAGAACUGAACCGAACCAAACCACUUUUAAAUUAAACCGGUUCAAAAAAUUUAAAAACCAAAUUUUAUUUUAAAAUCAGUUUUUUUAACUGAACUGAUUUUAAAGAAAAUAGGUGCCUUGUAACCAAAUUUAGUUUUGAUUCUACCAAAACCUCAAAAUCUCAAAACCCUAAAAUCAGCCUCAAAACCCUAAAAUUGAAAUGAAGCUUAUGGCCGCCGCCGUUCGCCGCCGCCGCCGCCGCUACCGCAAAUAGAAAAGUCAUCUCUUCUCUCUUCGCACAACGAUCGCACUUCGUCUUCUCUCUUCGCACAACGAUCACACUUCGUCUUCUCUCUUCGCACAACGAUCACACUUCGUCUUCUCUCUUCGCACAACGAUCACACUUCGUCUUCUCUCUUCGCACAACGACCGCACUUCGUCUUCUCUCUUCGCACAACGAUCACACUUCGUCUUCUCUCUUCGCACAACGACCGCACUUCGUCUUCUCUCUUCGCACAACGAUCACACUUCGUCUUCUCUCUUCGCACAACGAUCGCACCUCGUUUUCUCUCUUCGUGAGUCAUCUCUUCUCUCUUCGCUUUUGUUUAUCUCUGUAUUUGUAUUCAUGCUUGCUGAUUUCUUUUUAUCUGCAUUUGUGUAAUCAAUAGCAUUGGUUUUUUCUCUUAUUUAUUCUUCAUUUAUGUUGUUUCAAUAGUUGUCUUUGAUUUUUAUUUUGAACAUUUUAGUUUUGUUUUGAUUGUUUUUUUUGGGUGUGCUCACUGUGCUGUUUCAUUGAGUUAUUGUUCAAUGGAGAAAAUGUAUGUUGCAAUGUUUCAUGUGAGAGACAGAGAUUCAAUUUGAUUGUUGAUUCAUAAAGCAUGGUUUCAGUAAGAGUAUAACAAUGUGUGAAGUUUUUAUAAUAAGUAAGAAAUUGCAAAGUUUGUAUUAAAGAUAAGAAAGAUAGAGAUUCAAAGAAAUUAUGAUAAGGAAAGUGUUACAAUCCAGGACUAGUUUUAAGUACCUAAGACAGUAUUAAAAAUACAAGUGAUUUUGUGUAACAAUCAUGAGAAUAUGUUGUGAUUAUCUCCUAAUAUUUAUUCAUUAUUGAGAAGUUGAUCCAAACUUAAUUUUUGUAUGUAAAGGAGUAUGUAACUGAGAUAGAUCUAUAGUAGUAAGAAUUAUAGUGGAAGUAAGGUAUUGGCCAAUUACUUGUGAAAGAGUCUUAGAAAAGGUUUGAGAGAUGAACUUUACAGUGUGUUAAACUACCAAGCCUAAUAGCAUAUGCACCUUCUGGUACAAUUAAAAGCAUGUCACCUUGUUUUUGUCCUGAUUUUACACUCGGAUCAAUUUAGAUGGUUAGACAAGGCUGCAAUUAUAACAGAGGAAGAAGCCAAAUAUCCCAAUGCACAACCAAAUUUAUGGAAUUUAGCCACUAUUCAUAGAAUUGAAGAGUUAAAAUGCAUCAUUAGAAUGCUUCCAAUUUGGGCCUCUGGAAUUUUACUCAUAACUUCAUCAUCACAUCAAAAUAGCUUUGUCAUUAUACAAGCUCGUACAAUGAACCGUCACCUCUCUCAUUCAUUCCAAAUUUCACCAGCCAAUAUGUCAAUUUUCAAUGUACUAACCAUGAUGAUAGGUGUUAUUCUAUAUGAACGCCUUUUCGUUCCAUUCGCUCGUAGAUUCACAAAAAAUCGUGCGGGAAUAACAUGUUUACAAAGAAUGGGAGUAGGAUUUGUGAUUAACAUUAUAGCCACUAUAGUUUCAGCACUUGUGGAAAUUAAAAGAAAGAAAGUUGCUUCCAAAUACCAAUUAUUGGAUAAUCCAAAAGCAAUUAUUCCUAUUAGUGUGUUUUGGUUGGUACCUCAAUAUUGUUUGCAUGGUGUGGCUGAAGUUUUUAUGUCUGUUGGACAUUUAGAAUUUCUGUUUGAUCAAUCACCUGAAAGUAUGAGAAGUAGUGCUACUGCUUUGUAUUGCAUAGCUACAGCUAUUGGAAGCUUUAUUGGUACAUUAUUGGUAACACUAGUGCAUGAUUAUACUGGUAAGGAAAAAAGUUGGUUACCUGAUAGGAACCUUAAUAGAGGUAAAUUAGAGUGUUAUUACUUUCUUGUUAGUGGGAUUCAAGUCAUAAAUUUUAUUUAUUAUGUAAUUUGUGCUUGGUUUUACACUUAUAAGCCCUUGGAAGAAAUUAGUGAAUGAAUGUAUUAAUGUGAAAUGCUAGGUUAAUGAAUGAAUGUACCUUAGAUGAGC